CUAAUGACAUUUCUAGUUAUCAAUGAUUUGUUUACGAAAGGUUAUCAGUGGGGAUGUUAUCAUUGCCCGCCUUUCUUCGCAAGUUUUACCCUCAUUGCACGCAGUCGUGCUUUUGAACUUUGAAGUUUUCGUACUUUCGAGUCUUCUUUUGACCGAGAUGUCCUCUUGUCCGAUAUGCAACAAAGAAUUUCCCGUGGGAAAUAUCGAAGCCCAUGUGGAAAAAUGCCUUUUCCUGAAUUCGAAGGCUGAAUCUAAACGGCUUUCCUGUGACGAUUUCGAUCUCGCCAGGAGCCCACCUUCUGCGAAAAAGCAAAAGACAAAUCCAGCUUUUUCACCAGUUCCAUCGACAUCGAAAAAGGUACCAAAGUGUGAAACUGAGAAGCCCCUAGCAGAAAAAAUGCGGCCAAAUAGUAUUGAAGAGUAUGUAGGUCAGGAACACCUACUAGGUAAUAACAAAGCUCUCAGAAAGUUGCUUGAAAAAAAUAAUAUACCUAGUAUGAUACUAUGGGGGCCGCCAGGUUGUGGAAAAACAACUCUUGCACAUAUAAUCCACAAAAAAUGUCAGGCAUCAGCGGAUUAUAAAUUUGUCAAACUGUCUGCGACUUUAGCUGGUGUCAACAACGUCAAGGAAAUUGUAGAAGUGGCCAAAAAUGAUCUUAAGAUGUUUAAAAAGAAAACAAUCCUUUUUAUGGAUGAAAUCCAUCGUUUCAACAAGUUACAACAGGAUAUAUUUUUGCCGAACGUUGAAAGCGGUUUGAUCACCCUCAUCGGUGCGACUACCGAAAACCCUUCUUUCAGUCUUAACAACGCACUGUUAAGCCGUUGCAGGGUAUUCGUUUUGGAGAAACUCAAUGGACAAGAGAUUGAAAAGAUCCUGUUGCGUGCAGCUGAAAGCCUGAAUGUUGUACUUUACGAAGAAAACGGUACAAAUUCAUCAGACAGUGACAAAUGUCAGAUGAGUUCAGAAUCAAUCAAAUGGCUAUCCGAAAUGUGCGAUGGUGAUGCAAGAAUUGCUUUAAAUAGUUUGCAGUUGGCAUUGGAUUCUAGAAACUCAUCAGAAAACAAACAAGUCACCUUAGAUGAUAUAAAAGAUGGAAUCAAAAAAUCACACUUAUUGUAUGACCGGAAAGGCGAAGAGCAUUACAAUAUUAUUUCUGCCCUCCAUAAAUCAAUUCGAGCGUCUGAUGAAAACGCUGCCCUUUAUUGGCUAACGAGGAUGCUAGAAGGAGGCGAAGAUCCUCUUUUUGUUGCCAGGAGACUUGUGAGGGCUGCCAGCGAAGACAUUGGCCUGGCAGACCCAAUAGCUAUCACUUUAGCUGUUUCUGCCAUGCACGGAUGUCAGUUAAUCGGAAUGCCCGAAUGCGAUGUUUUACUGGCACAAACCGCUAUUUAUUUAGCGAGAGCUAGAAAAUCUCAAAGAGCUUACAGGGCGUUACUGAAUGCAAAAUGUUGCAUUAAAAAUCACAAAGGGCCAUUACCUUCAGUUCCAUUACAUUUGAGAAACGCUCCAACAAAAUUAAUGAGAGAUCUUGGUUAUGCAAAUGGUUACAAUAUGAGGCAUAAAGACGAGUCUGGCUUGACCUACAUGCCAGAGGGACUGGAGGAUGUGAAUUUUUUUGAAGGUAUUCCCGAUGUAGUCGAUUUUAUUGAAGAGGAAUAUAAUAGCAAUGAAGAUUAAAGAAAAAAAAAUUAUGUUUCUAAUUGUGUACUAUUUUUAUUGCCAUUAAUUAUCUAUAACUUUGUUAAUAUUGUUUAUAAAAUAAAAUAAAUUUCAGUUUUUUAAUUUUA